UCAUCAUCAUCACCACCAUAACCACAGGUUGGAGAAAGAUAGAGUGAGCAAAAAAAUGGAGGGAAAGGAGCAAGAUGUUUCAUUGGGAGCGAACAAAUUCUCAGAGAGGCAACCCAUUGGGACUGCGGCUCAGAGCCAAGACGAUGGAAAGGACUACCAAGAGCCUCCUCCGGCUCCACUAUUUGAACCCUCCGAACUCACUUCUUGGUCCUUCUACAGAGCCGGAAUAGCCGAGUUUGUGGCUACUUUUCUUUUCCUCUACAUAACUAUCUUAACCGUCAUGGGUGUCAAUAGGUCCGAUUCCAAGUGCGCAACCGUUGGCAUUCAAGGCAUUGCUUGGGCCUUCGGUGGUAUGAUCUUUGCUCUCGUUUACUGCACCGCUGGAAUCUCAGGGGGACACAUAAACCCGGCUGUGACAUUCGGACUGUUCUUGGCGAGGAAAUUGUCGUUGACUAGGGCACUGUUCUACAUGGUGAUGCAGGUUCUGGGUGCUAUCGUUGGUGCUGGUGUGGUGAAAGGUUUCGAGGGAAAAACCUUCUUCGGGAAACACAACGGUGGUGCCAACUUCGUUGCCUCUGGUUACACCAAGGGUGAUGGACUGGGUGCUGAGAUUGUUGGUACCUUCGUUCUUGUCUACACUGUUUUCUCAGCCACUGACGCCAAGCGUAACGCUAGAGACUCCCACGUUCCUAUUUUGGCACCUUUGCCCAUUGGAUUCGCUGUGUUCUUGGUGCACUUGGCCACCAUCCCAAUCACUGGCACCGGUAUCAACCCUGCUCGAAGUCUCGGUGCUGCCAUCAUUUUCAACAAAGAUCUUGGCUGGGAUGACCACGUAUUGGAUUUUCUGGGUUGGACCAUUCGUUGGAGCCGCUCUUGCUGCUCUGUACCACCAAGUCGUAAUCAGAGCCAUUCCCUUCAAAUCCAACUAAUGAGAUAAAAGUUUGUGAUCGCUGGGUAAUAAAAAGACCCAAAGCUAUUUUCCUUUUUACUGUCCUUUGUAAAGAAUGUGAUGUUAUAAUGAGUAGUAGGGGGUGAUUGGCCACUUUUCCUCUACUUUUAAGUUGGAAGAUAACCAUGAGAGAUGUGUGCUGUAAUUGCUUAUCAAAUAAAAAACAACUUCUUUUCCCUCUUA